ACCGAGAUGAUAAGUAGGUUAGAGGAGGAAGACAACUUGUUCUUCAUGGUCAUGGCCGAUCGUCAUCAGUCAUCACCGUCACCUGCGUACACAAAAUCCGCUGAGAUGCCACGUCAGACUGCUGACAUGGUCAAGUGCAUGCAGGAAGGUGCCCUGUUCCCAGCAACAAGCAAGCUCAACUGCCCAAGCCCACAUCGUUGACUCCUCUAUCCCUUGGUGGGGCCCAGUAGUGCCGCCGGCCGCCCCUGCCGCUGCUGCUUGCUAUAUAAACGGCCUCCGCUUCCCGCCCUCUUCACCGGCUCACUUCCAAACAGAAUCGCUUUGCUCUGCUCUAGUAACCAGGACACGCACCGGCCGCGGAAACAGGCGCCGUGUUUCCUUGGUGUCCCUCUCGACACAGGCACAGGCAGGGGAAGGGAAGGCCGGCGAUGGAGAUGGAGGCGGAGCUGGCGUCGGGACGGUGGUGGACGUGGAACGCCGCGGCGGGGGCGUGUCUGCUGCUGCUCCUCAUGCACGUGGCGGCGCGGGUGGCGGACGCGCUCUGGUGGCGCCCGCGCCGGCUGGAGGCGCACUUCGCGCGGCAGGGCGUGCGCGGGCCGCCGUACCGCUUCCUCCUGGGCUGCGUCACGGAGAUGGUCGCGCUCAUGGCGGAGGCCGCCGCGAAGCCCAUGUCGCCGCCGGACUCGCACGACGCGCUCCCGCGGGUGCUCGCGUUCUACCACUACUGGAGGAAGAUCUACGGACCCAUGUUCUUGAUAUGGUUCGGGCCGACGCCGCGGCUCACGGUGGCGGACCCGGAGCUGGUCCGCGAGGUCCUCCUGACACACGCCGACGCGUUCGACCGCUACGAGGCGCACCCCGUCGUCCGGAAGCUGGAGGGACAUGGCCUCAUCAGCCUCCACGACGACAAGUGGGCGCUCCACCGCCGCGUCCUCACCCCGGCCUUCUACCCCGACAACCUCAACCGGCUGGCACCGCACGUCGCCAGGUCGGUGGCGGCGCUGGCGGAGCGGUGGCGGGCCAUGGCCUCCGCCGCCCCCGGAGGCGAGGUGGAGCUGGACGUGGCGGAGUGGUACCAGGCCGUCGCCGAGGAGACCAUCGCGCGCGCCACGUUCGGCCGCAGCUACGACUCCGGCCGCGUCGUGUUCCGCAUGCAGGCGCGCCUCAUGGUCUUCGCGUCCGAGGCCUUCCGCAAGGUCUUCGUCCCCGGGUACAGGUUCUUGCCGACCAAGAAGAACCGGAUGCAGUGGAGCCUGGACAGGGAGAUCAGGCGGGGACUCGUGGCACUCAUCGGCAACCGCAGCAUGGAGGCCGCGCGUCAAGACGAAGACGAGGACGACGCCGAACUCAACGACAAGGGAAGCAACGGCGGCUUCCGGGACCUGGUAGGGUUCAUGAUCAAUGCCAACGACAAGAAGACGAAGAAGUCGGCGCCGGCGAUCCCCGUGGAGGACAUGCUGGAGGAGUGCAAGACGUUCUUCUUCGCCGGCAAGCAGACGACCACCAACCUGCUGACCUGGGCCACCGUGCUCCUCGCCAUGCACCCGGACUGGCAGGAGCGUGCUCGCCAGGAGGUCCUCGCCGUGUGCGGCGGCGCCGACGAGCUCCCGUCCAAGGAGCACCUCCCCAAGCUCAAAACGCUGGGGAUGAUCCUGAACGAGACGCUCCGCCUGUACCCGCCGGCGGUGGCCACGAUCCGGCGCGCGAUGCGCGACGUGACGCUCGGCGGCGUGUCCAUUCCCCAGGACACCGAGCUGCUGAUCCCGAUCAUGGCGAUGCACCACGACGCCGCGCUCUGGGGCCCCGACGCCGCGCAGUUCAACCCGGCCCGGUUCGCCGCCGGCGGCGCGGCCAAGGCGGCGUCGCACCCGCUGGCGUUCAUCCCGUUCGGGCUCGGCCCGCGGAUGUGCAUCGGGCAGAACCUGGCGCUCCUGGAGGCGAAGCUCACGCUGGCGGUGGUGCUCCAGCGGUUCCACCUCGCGCGGUCGCCCAGCUACGUGCACGCGCCCACCGUUCUCAUGCUGCUCUACCCGCAGUACGGCGCGCCGGUGAUCUUCCGGCCGGUGACGACGACGGAGACGACGGGACCACCACCGUCCUGAUGUGAACCAUGUCCAUACGACGUACUACUAAGCUACCACUAGUGAAUAGUAGUGUGAUAGUAGGGAACAGAAGAGCCAAGGAAACCACUAACAAAAAAAAAGAAGCUUGUCCUGUCGUGGCAUGGCAUGGCCGGUGGCGGGACGCCCGGACCCGGACCCGGACCGGACCUCCCUGCUUUCUGGGCCGCCGGCCGGUUGGUUAGUUGCCGGAAAUGCCCCCCGUUGGUAGAGUAGAACAAGACCGGAACCGGAGCAGAGAGAGUCUUGGACUUGACGAUGGCGUGGAAGAAGACCAACAAACCAACCCCACAUCUGCUGUCGGGUCGGUUCCAUUUGUUGGCUUCUCCUUCCGUGGAUUCUUUCUCGCGUGUGUGUGACUGUGUGCAGCCGGAUCGGAGCUACCGUCGUCCAGCUAUGCAUAUGUAUGUGUACAGGCUUGUAUUUGUUUGUUUAUUUAUAUAUAUAUAUACCUACACAAAAUUAAAGUUUUGUAAGA